AUGACCAAGACUAAAGCUAACAGGAAGAAACACAAAGCAGUGCGGUCCAGAUGGGCGGACCUUGCAGAGGAGACCUCGUUUCCUGUGGCAGCUCUGGAGGUGCUAGAAAAGCAUCAUAAAAUACUAAAUACUUUCUGUGCCGACGUUUACAGUCCAGAGACUCGAGCAGAUGACGAAUGCGGCUCCACUACAAGCUAUGAGCUAUCGUUUCAUCAGUACUGCGUCGCCCUGAGUACGCUGAUCCAGCAUGGAACCCCAGCACAGCAGUUUGAAUAUCUGUAUCGUAUAUACACUACAAACGAACGAGGAAUUGACCGCCAAGAAUUGUUUCAGCUUCUUCAAGAUCAUUCGGAAUAUGUCACUAAUAUUGCCAUGAAGGACGAUAAGCUGUUGCAUGUGACGGACCCCAGACGAUUUGAUAAACUGUACACGUGGCUCAAGAAAUAUUUUAUUCUCUAUGACGAAGCGAGAUGUGGGUAUCUGCCAGAGAAUGCCGCACUCGAUAUGAUUCAAGCACAUCCAACAGCGCUGGCGCACCUCAAAUUCCAACUGAUUCCUUUUAUCAAGAAGGUAAAAGAGAAUAAUGCUCGCUAUGUCGAGCAAGAAGCUGCCGCACACGUUUCAGAUUGA